AUGCGGGGUGUGGGGACAUGGAGCAGGGGCGAGGAUUGCAACAGCAUGGAUGCCGUGCGCUGCGAUGGCGAUGGGCAUGUCGUUGCACUCACCUUCAAAGCGUGGGCCCUCAACGGCUCCCUGCCCACUGCUCUGCUCGCAUUGUCCCAUCUCAAGGAUCUUUCCACUCUCUCAUGCACCUCCCUCCCUCUUCUCUCUGUCACGGGCCGACACACUACCACCUGCAUGUGCAUGCCCAAGUGCACGCCCAACUGCACGCCCAACUGCACGCCCAACUGCACGCCCAACUGCACGCCCAACUGCACGCCCAACUGCACGCCCAACUGCACGCCCAAGUGCACGCCCAAGUGCACGCCCAACUGCACGCCCAACUGCACGCCCAACUGCACGCCCAACUGCAUGCCCAACUGCACGCCCAACUGCACGCCCAACUGCAUGCCCAACUGCUCCGCCUGUUUGCCAUCACCCGCCCUCUUUUGUUUUCCCAAUCUACCUGCUCCUCCCUUCUCCGGCUUAUCAAAUCCACUCCACUUCUUCCGUUUUUCCCCUCUUCCCCUCUUUCUCCCCUCCCUGCCCUCUCCCCUCGUUUCCUUCUCCUAUUCGUGCCUGCCAUGGCCCCCACCCCACCAUGCAACAGCGCAGCCCAUCGCAUUGAUCUCAAAGGGCUCAGCAAUCUUCAGCAGCUCACUCGCCUGUGAGUGCGCUUGGGGGGAGGGGUGCAGCACGUAG